AUGUUGAUCAUCCUCUAUAAACACCACCUCACCUCUCAGUGUCGCUUGGAAAAACGACAGGAAUACAUGCCCCUCCGCUAAGAAACAGACAUCCCCUUCGUCCUCCUGCUCAUUGCACAUCAUCGUCGAAGCCGCGCCGACAUGGCCGAACGCAUAUCCCCCCACAACCUCUCGGAGCUGAAGAACACCACCGACGAUGCCCUCGGGAACUAUUUGCGUUCGCUGGGCUUUCAGCAAGACAAUACUAAGCUCGAUGUCCGACUGGCCCUAGGCUACGUUGCCGUGACCAUUGCUGGCGUAACUUUUGCAGCAGAUUAUAAGCUGGGCUGGGAUGCCACCAAGUUUUGGACUGCGGUCGCGGUGGCAGCGUACGCAGUGUUUAAUGGAGCUUUGACAUACUGGAUGUGGGCUGUUGAGAAAGGACUGGUCUUCGAAGGAACACGAUCAGGGAAAAAGAUCUCCAUCUACUCCCGCACGAAGAAACACGACCCUACCUACUACCUCGAAAUUCAUACGUCCUCUUCGCCUGAGACCAAGGAAGUCACGACACGCGAGAUUCAGGUUCCAUUCACGACGUGGUUCACGAAGGACGGAUUCUUCGUUGCGAAGCCCUUCCAACAAUGGCUAGCGAGUAGCGUCGAAGUUGUGGGAGACGCAGACUUGAAAAACGCAAACCGCUUGGAGAGAGAUGAACUGGCUGCACCGACGGCAGAAUUUGAACUGUUGCAGGCGGCCAAUGGACAGGCUGCGACGGGCAUGGAGGGCCCCGGUGCUGGUAAGAGCAGCCAGAGGAAAAGCAAAAGGAAGGGGUAGGUGGUUGAGCUCCACUAGUACGCGAAUACUAUGAUAUUUGGAAAAGC